AUGCACCGCCCGUCGCGCGGCGGCCGCCGGCAGGGCGUGGGUCAUCCGGACCCUCCCUACUCAGCCGCGCCUGUGCAGAUCCCCAACUCUGGGUUCCCCUACUUCCAGCCUCUCUACUCCCAGCUCUACUGGAACCUUCCUCCCGUGGCGACUGCUCCGGCGUCCGGAGUUCCCCAGCUAUCGCCUUUUUCCCAAAACCCAAGUAUCCUUCAUCAUCAAGCGCCGCCCUACGUCCAGAACCCCCUGCCCUACCGCCCCCAGGCUGUAAACCCUUGUGGGAAAAGUCAGCAGGAUCUUCUUGGGAGGGCGGAGGCGGCCUUAGAAAAGGCGCACUGCGAACUCCUGGCGGCAGGGGAGAGUGUGUCGGCAUGGAAGGUGUCACAAUCGGCGUUGGUUUCUCUCCAGGUGGACUCGUGGGCUUCUCUGGGGUUCCAGUUUCAGGACAUUCCCUACCUCCGCCAUCUGGUGACCACUGAGGGGAAGGUUCGUGCAUCUUCCUCCUGCUCACCUUUUUUUUCCUCUUUUUUUAUUGAAAAAGGUCUUCAGAUACCGUUUGGGGUGUUCUGAAAACCAGAUAAUUUAAGUUACCUCCACGCUAGAAAAUUCCAAGUGAGUCAUUGAGCUUUUAUGCUAAAGUUGCAUUCAUUUUUUCCGAAAUGAGGCAUUCAUAUGGGUUAGCGUCCCGUGUUAUCUUCUCCAUAUGUCUUUCUCAAAAUCUCUUCUUUCGUCUCGUGAGCCCCAAGUUACCAUUCGUGAGGAUUCCCCAUAAACUGGCUUCGUCAGAAGAGGUUGAAUUUUCGAAAUUCCCAGUAUAUUGAGAUCAGCGGACACUUGUGGAGCAAAGCCAAGACACAUGAACCCACCCACAUGUGAAAUGUUUGCAACGGCUGAGACGAACUCAUUUUUUUAAAAUAGUCCCAAGUAUUCAGCCAAUCAUGCGCCUAGAAUAGUUCCUUUUUCCUCUCACUCAUUAUUCCUCCGUUUCUCGCUAGAUUUUAGCAGUGUUUCCCAUUGUUAAAAUUGACAUGGAAUUUGCAUCUAUGCCUUCUUAUAUUUGAUUUAAUUUUUUAAAAAAGAUUUCUACUUAAUGAAUCGAGAAGGAAUUCCUUUUUUGAUGGUUAUGGGUUCUUUUUGUGCACAGUUCAUCAAUAUUUUGGCAGUGAAAUGGUCAAAGUUGGAUUAUAGUUCAAUAUUGAGAUAUCUUUUCUCCUUUCUUGGCCUUCCUCUCUAAUUUUCUCUAUUUCUCACUCUGUUUUUCAUUUCUCUAGGUGAAUGCAUUCAUACAUUGCUUCGUUGGUGUAUGGAGAAUCACGUCUCUUCACGAUUUGGAUGCUGCUAUUUGCAAGAAUGAAGGAAUUGAACAGUUUGAUGCUCUUAGAUUGGGGCCAUUGUUGCAGCAUCCACUUGUUUUUCACUACUUCUCAAUUCCUCCUGAUACAACCGAGGUACCAAAAAUUACAGCAGAAGAAAUCAUUUAUUGUUUAAGCUCGUAUGUGGAUAAGUUCAAGAAGGUAGUUGUUCCUGAGGAGUUUCUAAGUUUCCUUAUGGAAAGAUAUUCAGUCAGUACUAAGGAAAAACUUGGGGUGCGGAUCCAGAGCUUAGGGUGAGUCCUUUGACUCCAUUAUUCUCAUUUUGGAUGGGUGUAUGUUAAAUGCUUGCGCUCUCUCCAUAAUCGUCUUGCAUGAUAUAUGAGCUCUGAUGUUACGUAUAUUUUCAGUUUUCAGAGCACCUUAUAGUUUUCUUUUGGUUCCUUAGACUUUCCUACUAUUUUACUUCCAAAGUGCCUUGUCAAAGGAUAAAACUUUCCUUCAUGUUACAAGGAAGUUUCACUCCCCAUGCAUUUUCUCUCAGUCAAAUUGUCUUAGUGUUCUUUAUUAGGGCCAUCAGGAUUUAAUUGUUACACAUUUGCAAAGAAGAACAAUAGAUUUGUAAGUACAGAUGCCUUUCCUAUGUCUUUGUCCCAUUUUAUUUUGAUGUUCACAUGUUUUGCCUGGAUAUUUGCAUUGUGCCUUGAAAUGGGCUCAUGAACACCAGACAGACCUGUUCAUGUUCCACAUAUUGUGACUUCUUAUGUGCCUGUUUAAUUUUCUUCUUAACAUAUUAUUUGGCUCAAAAACAAUUAUUUGCACGUCCUUCAUAAGUUCAUAUCUCUCGCAGGUAAACAACAAACUUUGUCCUCCAUAAGUUCCCAUAAGUUUGCUAAGACAUUUUAAGUCUUGAGCGAAUUUUAAAUAACAGUUGAUGAUGUUCGUGUCUCAUGGUCAGCAACACCAAAUCCCAGUGUAUUGGAAAGGAAGAAAGGGCAUGGGCCAUCAUGAUGCAUAGAUGGAAUAAUGAGAGGCUGAUAUUUUUAUUUUAUGAUAAAAAUGAAGGGAUCGGUUAAUGAUUUUAAACUUUUAGUUCAUUCCUUUAUUUUCUUGAAAUAUUCAAAGAAAAUUCGUAAGUCAUGAUUUUUUUUAAAAAAAUACUAAAAAAAUUCUCCUGGUCGAAAUUAGUUACUGUAGUAGAUUCUAAGCUAGGAACUUUAUCAUAAUUUGUCCCCUAGACCCAUACUGGUAGGCUUAUUGGGCCUGUUGUGUCCAUCAGCCCUUAGCAACUACCUAUUUGAUCAUAUACCAUGCACCAUUUACCAACAUUUUGUUUAUGGGGAUGUUUGUGGUAUGUUCCUCGUAACUGAUCCAUAUUCAUGUGCUAUUUUAAGUUUUUUUGUUCUGUACAACUCAGGUUGCACCUUACUUAUAUUCGCGAUGCAAAGAAAGCAGAAAAAUUUGCCCUCAGUAGUUUCACAAAAGGAUUGGAAAAUUCUGUGAGCAGUAAAAGAGAAAUAGAAGGAAUACAACCUACUCAACCCCCUAACAUGUUUUCAGAGAAGAAGGUGCUUGAUAGACGAUUUGGUUUUAUAUCAAAAAGGAUCAAGUCAUUCUCCUCUGCUUGUGAUGUUUUUGAAGGUAAACACAUCAAGUUUGAUUCUUCUGGUGAGGAUGACAGUGGAAGUGAUUCAAAAUCUCACUACCAAAGUAGCCCUCGAGCUGAUCGUGUCAUUCAACAGCGUGUUAGUAGCUGUCCUUAUCCAUCAACUACUGAAGAGAUAAAACGUCUUGGGCUGAAAACUGAGACAGAUGUGAGAACAUCCUAUACAGGCAAAACAAAACAUGAUAAGAGUAAGAAGUCUGGAAGAAAAAGAAAAUAUGAAGCUCAAAAUUUAAAUGGUCAUUCUUUGAACCCUGUGCUUCAAGAAGAUCUUGAUAGAAAUGAAACUGAAAAGAAGAAAUAUGAUAUCACUUUCAAUAGAAGUAUGAUGCAUGAGUUUGUAACAAGAUGGAAAGAAGCUUGUAGGAAACACACUGCUGUUGAGGUAUGCCACUAUAUUAAGAGAAAGAUUCAGUUCUUGGGCAUCUUCUAUUUCCUUUGGCUUAUUUUGUUGCAGUAUUGACCUUCUUGGUUUACCUUUUCUUGCAUUUAAAAAAUAUUAUGCGAUGAAAAGUUUGCUUUCCUUGUUUCUCUAAUAUUUAAGCUUACCUCUUUCUGAAUUGAUGAUCUGUUGUUCCUAUUGUUUUUGUUUAGGAGGGGGGAGAGCUAAGAAGUUACCAUUUUCAUUUUUUCUGUAUUUUUAUUCACUGAGAUGGUCAUAUAACUAUGAUAAUUGCAAACUUGAUUAAAUAACCUUCUCAUGUUUUACCUCAAAGCAAGUUCUGCCACUUGCAUUCGUUGAUUGGCUGAUCUGAUCUAUGUUGAGAUCAGUCGUUGCCAAUCUCAUUCAAAUUCUUCAAUCUUCCCUUAUAAGAACUAUGAAAAUGAAUGUACAAUGGAGAGUUCGGUUCUUAGUUGGACCGUUUCUUAGUUGUUGGUUCGUUUCCUAUUUUGUCUAUUUCCUAGUGGCUAGGUAGUUUACUUUUUUUGUGGUCUUGGUACUUGUAAAUAAAAGUCAUCUAUGAUGUGAAUAUAAGAAGUGUUAUUUCCUCUGCAUAUUCUCCUAGGGGUUUCCACCACUGUUCACAACAUGGUAUCAGAGCCUCUACGGUUCGCUUCCUUUGUUGUGCUGUAGUCUGGGGUUUAGUCGAGGAUUGUUUGGUUCAUGACAACUAGGAGGGUCUUCUCCCAUGUGGGCAAUUGACAACAGGGGAGAACGAAAUGCAGAGGACUGUUACAGGCAUGUGAACGCCUGGUUUGUGCCUUUUUUCUUCUUCCACUCUUUUCUGUCGGAUGUGAGAAUGCAGCCCUGGAUUGUCAUUGCUUCCGUUGUGAGGAAUCACAGUAGGCUGAUAUUCUCUAAUUUUCCGCAAAACUAUUUUUUUGAUCAUCGACCUGAUUGUGAAUCCUUUCAGCCUUGAUUGCUGACAUGAGGUCUGUUUUUCUAACAACACCAACAAUUCUUUCACUGAAAGUAGCUGUCAGCUUUUCCAGAGAUGUUAGAAAUUGUGGAGAUGACUGCUUCAACACAAUCUGAGGGGUUUAUACGGUUUCAACAAGUUGGAGAAUUUCCGGGCAUCCAACUUCAUAUAGACUGGAUGGAAAAACAUUUCUUAAGUGGUCCCAAUUUGUUUUCAUAUUGUGCUGAAAGGGAAAUGGAAGAUCAGCCAUCUCAUAGGUACAAGGCCAAAACCAGUGGAUCCUUAGUUUGAGGUAUGGAAUGAGGAAGAUUCCAUGAUUGUGGCAUGGUUAUGGAAUUCUGUGUCUCUUAAGAUUAGUGACACAUGUACGUUCUUGGCUACAGCCAAGGAUAUCUAGGAUGCAAUCCAACAAAUGUAUUCUAAAGCUAGAGAUGCAGCGCAAGUAUAUGAAGAAAAGGUGAAGGCCAUGGGUGCACAACAGGGAAGCAAAACAGUUGCAGAAUUUGCAAAUCAGCUGAAAACUUUUUGGCAAGAGCUUGGCCAUUGUAGGGUAAUUAAAACUAAAUGUCUUGAGGAUGCAUCUAUCCUAAAAGAUUUCAUCAAUCUGAGCAUCCAUUAUAUGCUUCUUCUGUUGGGCUUAAUCCAGAAUUUGAUCAAGAAUUCAGAUACUCCGCAAAAAGGAGGUUCUGGGCAUUAAUCAGGUGGUGGCACUGAUUUGAGGAGAAGAAACAGAGGAAGGCUGAUGCUCAAACCACCAGGCAUGCACAGCUUGGCAAGGUGGCCAGAGAUGGCUAUUGGUGUUGUUCCACAUGCAUUUGCGAGUGAUUCUAGUGUUGAUUCAUGGACUUUCCUCCAGUCAAAAUAAUGGUUCAUGUUUAGUUGUGCGAAAUCAUGGUUGGAGAGUUGUCCCCGGAUGUAUAAUUUUAUAUUUGUGCAUCUAUACUUGUGGUUUAGUCAUUUUAAGUGUGUCUCAGUGUUCUAGGAGGAAUUUUCCCAGAGGAUAAGUGGAGAACGUGCUUGAGGAAAUUUUGAUACAACACUAAUGAAAAUUAACACAAGAAAUAUGGAUGAAUAGGUGUAAACGAGGCUUGUUACUGUUACUCUGUUUUAUUGACGAAGGCUUUUACGUUAUCGUCAUGCAAUCGAGUGGAUUGACAUUUAGUUCCUAAGAGUGCCUUCAUUACAUAAUAUCAUUAUUUAUUUGCCUCCAGAUAUCUGAUUCUCAUGACAGAAAGAAAAAUCAUGCAUUGUUUUUGCAGGUUCUCGACAUGAUGGCGAACUUCUAUGUCCUUCCACCAAAAAGCAAAAAGAAGUCAAAAAGGAUCUUUUCCUUAUACCCUGGCAUAGGAUUACUGAACGUUGCUGUGAGCUCCUACUCCUGUUAUAUCAAAUUAUUUCUUGUCCAUAUACUACAACCUUGGAGUUAUUUGAGUGCAUGGAUUUUUCUUUAUGAUAUUCCAUCGUGUUGGUGUUGAAAUUAUGAAAUUUAUUUUUUGAAGAUUAUGAAACUGAAUUUGGUUUCCAUAUUGUUAGCUUCCUAUUCUGGUUAUGUUUCAUAAAAAAAAGAGAAAUGUGCUUGUGUUGUCUGUCUUUCGCUUCAUAUCUUAGAAACGUGGUAUGUUCAACUAAGGCAUCUUAACAGAGCAGUCAAAGGCUGAAAGAUUAUGAUUGCAAAGUUUGGUUCACGGCCUUGUGUGGAAUUUUUCACUGUUAUGAUUCCAGCUGUUCUACCCCCUUAGAAUCCUUGCCAUUUUCAGGGAGAGCAGAAUGGCGGCUGGUGCUGGGUGGAUUGGGUAGUCAAAAGUUUGGUGAUUCUUAGCUGUAGGCAAUGUCAAGAUAUUGCUGCUGACAUAGGGACGCUUUUUCUCCCCCCUUUCUUUUCCGUCUACCUUCUUUUUCCUCGUUCUUCAGCCCUUUUUUCUUCGUUCAGCCUGUGCAGUUGAUUAUUCUUCCCGGUUCUACCUCCAUAUGGGUGAGAUCAGUUGAUCCAGGUUCAUGGGCUGAUUUCCAGUUGGUUUUGUUUUUCAUUAUCAAAGGUGGAUCGGAUACCCUAAAGUUAUACAGUUGUCGGAUUUUGUUUAAAGUUAUCAAGGUGAUAACUGCUUACAAUCCAAAUUAAUCUUUUUGUUUAAGGUUGUCUGAUUUUUUCCCCAAGUCUGCCACCCUUCAUGCUUUUGGGUGUAUGUGAGAUAUGGUUGUAGGGUUGUAGAAAGAUGAACGUUUUGGUAAAAAUCUUAAUUUUGAUUGAUAUACGUCCAAAUGAGCUGCUUAGCCAGGUCUGAUGUGGAUGGGUAUAGGUCAGUUGUGCUAAGGGAUAGAAAUGUAUAUUUUUCAAAUCUUUCAAUGAUAGUAAUUUAAGUUUCUUAAAAGGGCUGUCAAUUCUACAUACGUUCUUUGAUGAAAGUGAUAUUCAAUUGGGAAUUAAUGGUGAAAUUUUCUGCUGGUUUCGAUUUUAUGUGUCGCCCAAUCCUGUCUGAAGAGUUGAAUCGUGGGGUUCCCUUCAUCCAGACAAGUAGGGAUGUUGCUCAUGGAAAUAGCAUCUAAGGGUUGACUUUUUCACUGAUGAACUUAUCCAUUCGUUGCAGAUAUUCUGCACUUCCUUUUAAUAUUAAGGAUAGGUGAAGAUUAGAAAACCACAAUGUGCUAAGAUGUAGUGGUUUUCCAAAUUUAUUUUUGAUGUGUACCCUCUUAUUUGUAUGUCUUGGAAGCCACGCUAUUCUUAAUCACUGGGUUUGUUUCAUGACGUUAAAGGCAAAGUACACAUGGGCAGUGGUGGUUUUUCUUUGCUUUAUUAUCAGAUAAACUUUUUUAAAAAAACAGUACACUAGGGUCUUGUGUUGACAGUAGGGUAUGGAUGGUAAGAUGUAGUGUAGUGUCCUACAGUGCGAUUUGUUUUAUAGAACCUGAGAACUGGUUAAUAUUUUCCAUGUGUAUGGUAAUUAUGCUAAGAUUUUUCUGGGGCGAUUAGUGAUAUUCUCGUUGCUAUCAUGAGCUGCUAUUUUUAGACCUCACCUUUAUUGGAGGAAAGUAACGUUUUUUUCUUUAGGAAAAGAUAUUCGUGUACAUUUGACUGAUCUCUUUUUUGAUGUAUUCUAUCAAUGGUUUACUUAGUUGGACUAAUUUUUGCAAAGCCAGAUUGAACUUUUCCAAUUACUGGGCUCUGAUCUGCAAGAAGAUUAGUCAAAUUAGCUGCCAAAUGGUUCUGAUCCUCAACAACACCGGAUUUUGUCUUGUUAGGGAGUUAGCUAGUGUAUUGGCCUUGUCGUGAUUUCUACUAGGGUAUACCGGCCAUGGGAAUAGCCACCUUGUAAAGGGGCACAUAAAUCUGCCGCUCUCUUAUUCAGUUACUAAGGUAUUCAUUAUAAGCAUCUACAUUAGUGGAUUUUUAUAAUGGAGGAUCAACUAAAUUCUAGAUUUUUUUUAUUCAUAUUCAGUGUUUGCUUGUUAUUUUGCUGGUGUGUUGUGUCUAAUGCUUAUGAUUCUAACCAUGUUAAAAUAUAGAUCGAAAUGCUUGAUGUAGGUUAUGUAUGGUUAUUAUAUCUUUUAAAAAAACUAUGAUAAAUAACAAACUUAAGCCACAGUCAAAAUGAAAGAUGUGCCUUUUAUAGAAUGAUUAAUCCCGUCCAAAGAUUGAGAAGCUAUUGUUUAUAAAUCAAAGGCACAUAAUUUUUGAAUUUUCUAUCUGUUUUCACCUAAGGAAGAAUAUGGAUGGCAUACUCGACGUACUGAACUUGUUGCAGAAUUUAUGGCCAGAAAACUAUGGAAUCAGGGCUGAUUAACCAUUGAAUAAGUUCACAACUGAACUGGAUUCAGUAUGACUAAAGCAAAAUCCAGGAUGACACUUGAUCCGGAGUCUGUUCCACCACCGAUAUUCUAUGAUUAAUCGUGUCUCAUUGGAUUCGUGGGAUCGAAUGUUUUAACCGAAGUAUCGCAGUACACAAUAGUGUGUUUGGCCCUCUCCACCUCUGUUGUCACAGUCGACAGGGAGACCCGGGGGGGGUACCAGUUUGUUCUUUGGUAUGUUGAAAAGCAUCAUAUUUUACGUGUAAUUAUUUGCUUAUAAUCUUCAUGCUGUUGCUAUAGAAGCAUAUGGAAGGUGAAUGUGUAAUGGCCACCUUUUGUCACUGCAGAUAGCAUCUAUUAAAUAUGGGAUGCUGGAUACCGUUUAUGAUUCUCAGAAUGUUGAGCCAGAAUUUGGUGACUCAACACCUGCUUCUUCUGAGGAUAUUGGCAUAGAGCUUCCUGUGAAAAAAGAUGCCCUUUCAAUAAAGACGAUAUGCGCUCAUAAACUUGAAAGCAGUAAGGGUUUCACUGAUUAAUUGUCGUAAACUAGCCAGAAUUUAUGUAGUUCAUCUGAUAGUUGACCUGAGGAUGGGCUCCUUACUUUCGUUGUUCCUUUUCCAUUUAUGCAAUUUGCAGGAGUUACUGUUGAUGACAUUAUUAAAAAAAUCACGAGCUAUUUUCAAGGUGAUUAUCUCAGAACAAAUAGAGAUCCUCCUGUAGAAAAUACAAUUUCCAUUCUCAGAAGAUUCAAUGACUGUGAGCUUUGGCUGGCAAGGGAAUUUUCUGUUGAUGUAUUUUGUUCGCUUGGUUGUGGUCAUUUCGUUGACUUUUUAGAGAGAAAUCUAGAUCGAAUUCCUGUUGAAGUGAGCCGCCAUUUUGUUAGAGACUCGUCAAGGACACUUUUGGUGGUUAACCUGAACCAAUUAAAAGCUUUUUUAUCUCAGGCCCAAGACAACGUGGUGGACCUUGGUGGUGUAACUCAGCGUUAUAUUUUAAUGCUUCUUGAAAAACAAUUCCCUACGCUCUGUUUUGAUUUCAUCAGUGAUGAAAUUGAUUCCCGCUUUCAAGACCUUAUCAGGAGACAAAAAACAACUGGUACUCCGAACCGUGUUUACUAUUCUACUGCGUUACUGGGGAAAUUUUUCAUUGAGAAAUCAAACAUAUGUAAUGGAAGGUAUUCACCAGAAGCAAUGGGAAUGAACAUCGAUGUGGAUAGAGAUGCUGAUUGUAAUGAUACUGUUUCUGCCAAAGAUGCAAUUGAAUGCUUGCUUAAAGUGCCAAUGCUAUCAGAUUUACAGUCCUGGUCACAUUGGGACCUUGUAUUUGCUCCUAAACUUGGUCCUCUUUUGGCAUGGUUAUCUAAGGAAGUCCACAAUGACGAAAUAUCAUGCAUUGCAUUGUCAGAUGGAAGAUUAAUCAGGAUUGAUCAUUCAGCAAAUGUUGACGAAUUUCUAGAAGCUUCAAUUCGAUGUUCCCCUUUCCAUGCUGCACUGAAGUUGUUGUCCUUGUUGGCCUUGUAUGGUGGAACAAGCAAUAUUCCGGUUGCUCUUCUAAAAUGCUAUUCACAGAGAGCAAUGGAUGUCAUUAUUAGAAAUUGUAUGGAAUGCCAGGAAAUAAGCAAUCCUGCAUCUCGUUUUCUAUGUGGAAGCUCUUUCAACUGUCAGAUUGCUACACGGAGUGAUAGUGAUGCUAUUUCUUUUUCUGCUGAUACCGUUGGAUUAACCUUAAAUAGUGGCGUUAAUGUUGCUGCAAGAUUUGUUCUGGAUUGUCUCAAUCAUAUACCAUCCGAAUUUCACUCUUUCGCUGUAGAGAUACUAAUGUCAGGACUGCGAUCUUCCGCUAAAGAUGGCCCAUUGAUCAUGUUACGUGAAUGCAAACGAACUGAGCAACGCAUUAUGCUGCAUGACAUCGGACUUUCACUUGGGAUAGUGGAAUGGAUUGAAGAUUACCACCUCUUUAAAUCAGCAACUUCGGCUGAAUCAUUAUCAUCCUCCCAAGAUUCUAGUAAAAAUCUUAAGUCUGUUUUGACCGCUUGUAAUGAGGAUAUGAAAGGUACAUCUGCAAUGAACACUACUGAAAUGCUUUCCAGUAAUACAAUUGACAUCAUUAAAUCAGAUGUAAACACCAAUGCUUUUGCGGACCUCCAGAUUAGCAAAUUUCCCUGUGAGCGUUCUGAUAAUAAGUCUGGUAAUGAGAAUGAAAUUGUUGAGUCUAGGGAUAGGUUGAUUCAGAAUGCUGCCCUUGUUAUUGAAUCCAUCAGACGUGAAGAAUUUGGUCUGGAUCCAAGUUCCAGUUGCACUGAGAGUAGCUUGCUGAAAAAGCAGCAUGCUCGACUUGGGAGAGCACUGUAUUGCCUUUCGCAAGAGUUAUAUUCACAAGAUUCACACCUUCUGCUUGAGCUGGUAUGUUUCUGUUAUAUUCCCUUUUAUGCGUUUUAUUUUCGUCUAUGAAUAUUACAUUUGAGAUGAAAUACGUGACAUUUAUGAUUUAGAUUUGUCAUUUAUAGCAUACCACUUGGUGGGAUAGUUCAUAUUCUUGUAAAUUCAGACAUUUUUUUAAAAUAUCUGUUAUUGCCAUAAACUAAUCUUAUGGAUUGCUUGAACGACAUGUUUGCUCAAAAGAUGUAUGAACCACAGACCUGGAUAGCCAGCUUGAUAUGACGUAGAGUGGGAUUAUAUAAGACAAUCUUGACAUUCCAGUGGAGGACCUGCUGAUCCAGCCAUGACUUAUUUGCGGCAGCCAUUUGAUUUCCACGUUUCUUUUGGCUGUCUCCAUUCUGUAAAUUGCGAAACAUCUGACAGUUAGAAGUCUGAAAAUUCAGGAAACUUCAGACUUAUCAGAUAUUGUUGGUGAGCCAAACUCAUGCCCAACUUUGAUACUAUGGCCAUCAGCUUUUUUCUGUUUCUCUAACGAGGGAUCAAAUAUAUCUUCUUAGAAAAUUUUCACUGGUCGUCUAUUUCUUAGUAUAAUGUCUCCUUGUGUUGACUUCUUAUGGCGUCUCCUUAUUCUAGGGACUGCCCUCUUGGUGCAGCUAUGCUAUCAGUGGUAACGAGUACUGCUGGCAUCCUUGUGUUGUCUCUUCUACACCUUUCUUCCUCUGCAUGAUGGCGUUGUGGGAGAGAAUGUAGUAGAAAUAUUGGCUGAUUCUGAUCGGAAUUUGUAGUACCAGGUGAUUUCAAGAGAGAAUCGGAUUUCCCUUUAACUGAGUAGAUGAAAAAGUUAGAAGCAGCCUAUCUUAAUUGGAUUAGUCUAUUCAUGGUACUAGUUAUUGGUAUCACUCAAUCUGAUCAUGGGAGGGUGUGUGCUAUUCUGAUCGCACUUUGAACAUUUUAAAGUAAUACCGAAUCAUGUUGACAUAUGGGCUGAAUCUUCAAGAAGUCACUUGUUUCGGGAGAGUUUAUCUUAUUUCCUCCUGGUCUCUCCUAACCUUACUCUGAUUGGUCAGUUUCCAUCUGAAAUGCUGUAAUCAGAUGGCUGCAUUCUGCAAGAUUGAGUAAACUACCAGUGUGAAAUAGGUAGACUGUUAAUGACGCGGAAAGUAGACUUAUUGUACGAAAUUUACGAAUAGAGAAAUGACGUCCAUUGUGAGCAACAUAAUAUUGGAUGGAAGGCAGAGAAGUCAAUAAACUGAGAUGUGUUUUUUUUUCUUGGGAUAAUUGAGCAAUUUUACAUUUUUUUUUUCUAACGUGUCUUAAUUUGUUUCUUUAACUCAUCUUUUUGUAUCUGUAAAGUGUGGUACCCGGUGAUAAGUGCUUUCGAAUUAUUCUGUUUUAUUUCUCUAUUCCUCUUUGUUAGCUUCAUUCAUCCCCUUUUUGGAUCAGCCAUAGUCAUCUGAUGACCACCUUGGAUUAAUUUGUGUCCACUAAAACCUUUUUGUCACAUUAGCCACUAUUCCUGGUGCAUUAUGUGAUCAUAUUAUCACUUCGCUAGAAAGUUGUUCAUCAUGUACAGUUUUGUCAUUUUAAUCAUUUCUUGACACUUAGUGCUAUCUUUCUUAAUAAUUUCCUUCUUUAUGUAUGAAAUUGAUCACUUAUUGCUGGAAAUGUCUAUACCACUUAAUGCCCGUUUACCCUUGAUCAUUUCUGUUUGUAUUUGAAAUCGUUUUUCUCAGGUGCAGAAUGCUGAUGACAACACGUAUUCAGAAAAUGUUGAACCUGCGCUGGUUUUUAUUCUGCAUCCAACUGGCAUUGUGAUUUUAAAUAAUGAACGUGGAUUUUCUGCUGAAAAUAUUAGAGCACUUUGUGAUAUUGGUAAUUCUACAAAAAAGGGAUCGAGUGCUGGGUACAUCGGACAGAAAGGGAUCGGCUUCAAAUCAGUCUUCCGGGUGCGGUAACAUAUCCUUUAUCAAUUUCUGACGCCUUAAGACUUUUUUGCAUUUAGGUAAUUAUGUAUUCUCAUUCUUGAUAUACCCAUAUUUUAAUGGCGGAUCGUUAGAAGAAUAAUCAUGGAUAAGAAAUGAUUUUUUUCUGGAACCAUUUCAUUUUUUUGCCAUUUAUUUGUUUUUUGCACAUUUGGCUAGUUGCCAUCUAGUGAUUUGAUCAGAACUUCCUUUUGAAGGGUGAGAUAUUUUCAACUUGUAUUACACAAGAGACAAAGAAAUUAUUACAAAAAAUCUAGCUUGUGUCAAUGUUUCAUAUUGUGGUUCUAAUUUGACUGGUAGCCUUUUCUUAAUGGUCAGCACUAAGUUUUUAAAACUUGUAUAGUGAGAAAGCUCUUUUUGUGUGGAUGUGAGAAAAUCCUUUAUCUGCUAGGCAGACCCCCCCCCAACAGACCAGCAAACUGCAAUGUAUAUCUUCCCAUUUUACCCUGGUUUUUCAAACAAUUGAUCUCCAUUGUCAAAGAUGGAGCCCCAUACUAUCUGUCACAGGGACAUGGACCACUGCAUUGCCUUGGAUUCUCCAUGCUGCCCAUAUUUAUUAUAUACUAAAGGAUACAUUUUUAUGAUUUUAAAUUUCAAAAUUGAGAAUGUGAAGUAACUGUUUUCUCAUGCAGAUCACUGAUGCUCCAGAGAUCCAUUCAAAUGGGUUCCAUGUGAAAUUUGAUAUAAGUGAGGGUCAGAUCGGUUUUGUGUUGCCCACUGUAAUUUCUCCUUGUGACAUCAGGUUAUUUGAGAGACAGUUAUCUUCAGAGAUUGACCAAGAUGAUGCUUCAUGCUGGAAUACUUGUAUUGUGCUUCCUUUCCGGUCGAAACUUAAAGAAAGAUCUGGAAUAAACUCUAUUAUGUCCAUGUUUUCGGAUCUCCACCCAUCCUUAUUACUCUUCCUUCACCGGCUUGAGUGUAUAAAGUUCAAGAAUAUACUGGAUGAUUCUCUUAUUAUCAUGAGAAAAGAACCUCUUGGAGAUGGCAUUGUUAAAGUUUCCUAUGGGAAAGAGAAAAUGAAUUGGUUGGUUGUUAGGCGAAAGUUGCAAGCCAGUGUAGUCAGGCCUGGAGUACAGAUGACAGAGAUUGCUGUGGCAUUUACACUACAGGAGUCUGACACUGGAGAAUACGUGCCUUAUCUUAGUCAGCAGCCUGCUUUUGCUUUUCUCCCUUUAAGAACUUAUGGUCUGAAGUUUAUCCUGCAAGGUGAUUUUGUUUUGCCUUCCUCUAGAGAAGAGGUUGAUGGAAACAGUGCGUGGAACCAGUGGUUGCUUUCCGAGUUUCCUACUCUUUUUGUGAAUGCAGAGACAUCUUUUACGGCCCUUUCUUGCUUUAAGAAGUGCCCAGGUAAAGCGGUAUCUGCUUUCAUGAGUUUUGUCCCACUUGUUGGAGAAGUUCACGGAUUCUUCGCUUACCUUCCACAAAUGAUUGUUUCCAAAUUGCGUUCAUCAAGUUGUUUGCUUCUGGAGGGGCAUGGGAUGGAGUGGGUUCCUCCAUGUAAUGUUUUAAGGGGGUGGGAUGAGAGGGCUCGAAAACUCUUGUCUGACAACUUGCUUCAGAGGCAUCUUGGCCUUGGUUUCUUGGACGGGAACAUUGCAUUGUCUGAUUCACUAGCAAAGACUUUAGGUAUUAGAGAAUAUGGACCCCAGGUCUUGAUCGAUAUUUUAUCAUCGAUAUGUCACAAUAGAAAUGAGAUUCAACAGCUAGGGUUCGGUUGGUUAUCGGAUUGGCUUCUUGCUCUCAGUAGUACCUUGUCACAGAACUCGUCUGAAUAUCUAACCCUAAAUGCUGGAAUGGAAUCUGAUGUGAUCAGCGAUCUUAGAAGGAUCCCAUUCAUUCCUCUUUCUGAUGGCACAUAUGGUUCAACUACUGACGGCCCAAUUUGGUUGCCAGGUGAUUCUUUUGGUGUUGAAAUUGAAAACAAGCGUAAUCACCAUUUUCCUUGUUUGUAUGCCAAACUUCGUACUGUGAACCUGGGUUUUUUGUCCUUGUUGCAUGAUAAUACAGAAGAGUUGAGGACAGACGUCAUUUUUAGGCUUCUUCAUAGAAUCGGUGUACAGGAGCUAUCAGCCCAUGAAGUGAUUAUAAGUCAUAUUUUACCAGACAUAUCUGCAGCCAAGUAUUCAAACGAAGACAAGAACUUGAUGGUUGAGUACUUGUCGUAUGUGAUGCUUCAUUUUCAGAAUGCGUGUUCGAGUUGUCAAAUCCAAAGGAUGGGAAUAGUAUCAGCCUUGCAAAAGUGCUCCAUCAUAUUGACUAAUCAUGGGUACAAAUGUCCAGCUAAAGAGCCUCUUCAUUUCAGCCAAGAGUUUGGGAAUCCUUUUGAAAUAAACAAACUUAUUGAACCAAAGGAUGAUGAAUGGAAUGAAGUCGAUGACAUUUAUUUGAAGCAUUAUAGUACAGAAUCCACAUCAUCUUUGUUGAUAAAAUGGAGGAAGUUUUUUCAAGAACUAGGUGUUUCUGAUUUUGUGCAAGUAAUUCGUGUUGAGAAGCACGUGAAAGACCUCGCUAGUAUUGUUCCAGGAAGUAAUCCAUACGACUUAGGCAAUGUUUCACCUGAAUCACAAAUCAUUGACUGGGAGUCACCUGAGUUAGUUCGCUUAUUAUCAACAUAUUCCUCUGGGAAACAGAGGGAAAAGUGUAGGUACCUGUUGGAAGUUCUUGAUAAAUCCUGGGAUGAAGUUUUUGGUUCAGGGACAAGAAAUUACGUAAGAGUGAAGUCCAUUGAUUGUAGACUUCCUCACAGGUCAUCAUUCCUGAAAUGUCUUCACGAUUUCAGAUGGAUAGGAUCAACAGCAGAUGAAGAGCUUCACUAUCCAAAAGAUCUAUUCUAUGAUUGUGACGCAGUGCGAUCUACACUGGGUUCAUUUGCCCCAUAUGCUGUUCCACAGGUAUGUCUACGGUCUUCCAGUUGAGAUGCAAUUCUCUUGUAGUCUAUUUAGGUAUCUUGAAGAACUAUAUUUUUUUUUAUGGUAUUGCUGCUCUCUUCUUCCCUCUUUCUUGGCUUUUUCAACGUUUCAGUUCUGAUUUGGAUUUUUCUACAUUUAUCAAAACAGGUUAAAAGCAGAAGCCUUCUAGAUGAGAUUGGAUUUAAGACCCAGGUGACACAUGAAGAUGCUCUGGUAGUCAUUCAGUUCUGUGGGACACUUCAAGGGCCCGCUUUAGCAAGGUACGUCCAAAUCUUCCCUGGACACACGACAUGGACAGAAAAUUACGGGGGAAAGAAUCACUACGUUUUUAGUCUCCCGGUCUCUGAGGGAACUGCACAGUGAGGACUUUCCUCGAGCAGCACCCUCAUCCUUUUUUUGACAGUGAAAUGUCGAAUGAUCCUGUAUGACAAUGUGAUUGAGAGCAGGCAGAUGCUCGUAGAAAGCACUCAGCAUUUGCUGGGUGAGAUACGCGAGGAGUUGAUUGAGGGAACUGGCCUGGAGUUAUGAGGGAGAGCUUGUCAUUUAUUUGGACGGGGGAAUCUGCAUUUUUUUUUACUUUUAGAUGUGCUUGCUUAUUAUUUUAGAAUAUUGUGAGUACAUAUUGUGUAAAGAUAUACUAGUUAGGGUACUGGUUUUACAUAUGACAUGAAUCGAAAUGGUCAGUUGUUGGUUUGUUUUCCCACCAAUAUGAGAAAUGAAUUGGAGUAUGGACCAUUGAACCCAGUGAUCUGACAGACUCAGUAUCUAUUUUUGGUAACUGUACAUGUUGGGGAAUCUGUAGAUUGCUAUUAAUAUUGUUUCUCAUCUAUUGUACUAACUUUUGCCUCUUGUUUUUUUUUAAACCCAUGUAUCAGCACUGUGCAAAUGUCUAAUCUCUACAACUUCAUUUGGGAAGGGGUUACUUCGUUGAAACUUAAUAUAAUGGAUCAGUUCAAAUCACAUCCCUUGAUAUUUGUUCCAUCUUCCAGAAAAUCAAGAUACACUGACACUGCUCUAUCUGGUACAUUUUUGUCCUCUAAUCAAGUUUAUUGGCAUGAUCCAACUGGUUGCCUAGACCAAGUGGAGAAGGCAAUGCUCUGCUCUGCCUUGGCAGACAACAUCUCGGGCCAAAACUCCAAGACAUUAAUUAGAAUAUAUCCAAAUCUACAUGAUUUUUUUGUCAAUGAGUGUGGUGUUCCAGAGACCCCUCCGUUUGGGAACUACAUUGAGAUAUUGUUGCAAUUGUCAAGUGUAACGUUACCAUCACAAGCAGCUCAUUUGGUAAGUAUUUUCUCGUCUUCAUGUGUGGAAACUCCUUAUAGGCUGGCUGGCAUGAAUUUGUAUUUUCUCACUGUACGUUUCCAAUAUACUAUUUCUUCCAUUGUUUUCAGGUUUUUCAGGUUUUUAUCAAAUGGUCUGAUGAUAUCAAAUCUGGAAGAAUAGAAAAUGAAGAAAUUGUUCUCCUAAGAGAGAGCCUAAGAAAGGUUGAAAACAUGGUGCUUCCGACAAUGCAGAAUAGAUGGGUUUCUCUUCAUCCAUCAUUUGGCAUCGUAUGUUGGUCAGAUAACGAGGAACUCCGAGAGCAGUUUAAGCAUUCCGAUAAUGUUAAUUUCAUACAAUUUGGUGAGCUUUCCAAUGAUGAUAUGGAAAUUCUAUCCGGAAAAUUGAGCACAUUACUGCAGAAAUUAGGUAUUGUUGCGCUUUCUGAGGUAAACUUUAAUUUCGAUUGUCUUCUGACAUUGUACGCUUUCGUGGAGUGUUUAGUUUAUUUUCUUGACAAUUGCAUUCGUAUGUUGUACACAGAUCAUUUCUCGUGAAGCCAUAUUUUAUGGCUCAGAAGACUCCAGAGAAAAAGUUUCGUUCGUCAACUGGGCCCUUCCAUAUGCACAGCGUUACCUUUUUAAGUUAUAUCCUGACAGAUAUAUUGCCCUGAAGAAGCUUGGGGCUGAGAGGCUCCCUCUGCUGCAGAUUGUCGUAGUUGAGAAGUUAUUCUAUAGGUAUACCAUCAAAGGAUCCGAUGGAACAUCCAGGAAACGAUCUGAGUGCAGCUGUCUUUUGCAGGCAAGCAUACCUUUUAUUGGUGAUUUGUGGAAGUUUUGACAUACAUAGCUACUCCAUAUCUCAUGUCUUUCAUAUGGCAGUAAAUUAUUGAUAGACGUUCCAAUAUGCAACACAAAAUGAGUAUUCUUUUAUUCAACUUUGAAACUCCGAUGUACAAAGUAUCCACGUCUACCUCAGGCUUAAUGCAUAUUUGCUGAUGAUAAUUUUUAGGUAUUUGGUCGACAUUUUAUUUGUGUAAAGUGCAGUAGAAGGUGUGAUAGAUGAAAAAAAAAAGGGAAGCAAAGGAGAGGAUGGAGCCACAAAUUGUCUCAAUUUUAAAAAUUAUCGUUUAUAGGUUUAGGUUGUUUCUUCCUUUAUUUCAUCAAGGUCAAUGAUCAAAUUUCCAUUCGGAUAUGGAUACUUCAUUCUAUUGAGUCGGGAAGUCUUCAGUCCAUUUUCUUCUAAACAGAAUGGCUGCGAAUUAUUCUUUCUGUGACGUAGCAUUGGACAUGAGCUUCUAACUUUCAUUGGCAGUCAAUAUGGGUUGUCAAACUUGCUAAAAUAGGCCAAGACAGCUCAGAUUGAUUACCUUUAUUUUUUGGUUCUCUAGGAGCUCUGCAACUAAAAGAAACCAUAGGAGGCAGGAAUGUUUGGUGAUGUUUGCUAGUGCAAACGUUUUAUGUUUUGGAGUAAUUGAGUUGUGAUUAAUUUCUUGCAUUUGACAUAGGAAUGCUGGUAAGAGAUAUCAUCUUGGUCUCUUUCUGUCUCCAGGUUUCACUGAUGUAGACUUGUCUGAUCUAGGUUGUCUGCGAGGUUUACGCUCUUAUUUGUACAUGCAUUUAAACAUCCGAGUUGGCAUCCUAGAUCUAAGUGUUGGUAUCUCUCUCCCCUUUUUCGGGGAGUCAGCAAGCUCUCAGGUCUAUGAAGAAUCUCAUUGAUCAGUGAUCUUGGUCGCUUUACUCUCAAAUGACUUCAUACUACUUUGAAUGGUUCUCCAACCAUACCUUGGAAAACUCAGCACAAUUUUUCGCUAGGUAAAUGAAAGUGGAAUGGCUUCAAGCUGGGCAAAUUCUUCAAAUAAGCCUUCUCCCCGUGAAAUCGGAUAUUUUCGUGUAGGAUCCUGCUUCAUUUAUGCCUAAUGGCAUCCUUGGCAACUUAAAUCCACAUGGUGACAAAGACGAUUAGUUUAUUUGUCAAGUCAUUUGUUAACCUCAAGACUCUGAUACUGACACCCAUAUUGCCUCUGUUAGUAGUCUUGUGAAUCAUACGAGAGGAAUUGGUUCCUAGUCUAUUGCCAACACCAUCUCUUCUAGCUAGUUUAAGUGGAAAGAGAAAAUUUGCUUUAAAAGUAUGAUAUUAACAUGUUCUAUGUUGGUGUUGGGAAGCGGGAGAGUCUGUCUUAGUGUAAGGUAAUGUUGACGCUUAAGGAAAAUAAUUUGCUCCUUUUAAAUUUGUGUUGAGUUCAGCAGGGCAGAAGCAAACUUUUUUUUUUCUCAGUGAGAGCCGAGUGAGAGAAGUCAUAUCAUGUAGGGCAAAAUCAAACACGGAUAUAUAAUGAAUUUUCCUUAAAAAGAUAAUGGCGGAUAGGAAAGCUGGCUCUGGAAAAUACUUAGGUGGAGCCGUGUCCCAUUAUAGCUCUAUCGGUCAACCCCUCCCUCGGCUGCCAUUUACCGAUUCGAUUUGAUGUAUUGGGGUUUCUUUCUUCAAUUGCACUUGAAUCUCAAUAGUUGAUUAUGUUCAAUUUGAUUUCUGUGUAGCAAAGUUAUAGUCUAGCUUGAAAAGGAAAUCUUCAUGCAUAAUUAUUAAUUUUUGUUUCUGCAGGAUAAUGUCUUGUAUAUGACUCGUGCCUCAGAUUCCCAUUCCAUUUUCUUGGAGCUGUCCAGGAUUUUCUUCAAUGGAUCUGCCGAGCUCCAUUUUGCAAAUUUCCUUCACAUGAUAGCGACCAUGGCAGAAUCUGGUUCAACUGAGGGACAGACAGAAUUCUUCAUCGUCAACAGCCAGAAGGUACCAGCUCUUCCCGUUGAAGAGCCCGUCUGGUCCAUCUCAACGGUGGUAUCACUGUUUCAGGGUUCUAAUACCCACAAAAGUUGCCCUCCGCUGGUGAACACAGAGCGAAGCAAUCCUUCCCUCUCGAGGAAAGCAGGCAUUGCUGCAAACUGGCCACCGACGGAUUGGAAAACGGCUCCGGAUUUCUCCAGAGCAUCCCAUUUUGGGGCAAAUCCUGGGCCAGCGCCAUGUGACAGCCUUACCAUAGAACCCAGUAGGCCUCUAGAAGCUGUUCGGUCAGAGGAUAUUUCGAGUCUCAUCGAGGUACAUGGAGACUGGGUUAUAGAGGACUCGGCAAGAUCAGAGGAUUUGACUUUGCAUCAUGCAGGCAAUGCGUUCACCCCAUCUGAUUCGGUUGCGCUCGUGGGCUCUAUUGACGGACAGAGCAAGUCUCGUUUGGAGCCCAAGAUAGGAACGGGCGAUCCUGUUCCAGGAAAUGGUCCGAAUGUGAAUUCAGACGAUAUUUCUCUGGGCUCCGUUGGCCUGUCUGACAACCAGUCACGCAGAACUGGAGUUCUCGGAGAGGCCGUCGCUUAUAAAUACUUCAGCGAGAAACUCAGCUCGGUCUCUGUGAAGUGGGUUAACCAGGAUGGCGAGACAGGAUUGCCCUAUGAUCUGGUUAUUGAGGACAAGGGCCACAGAGAGUUUGUGGAGGUGAAGGCUACCAGGUCUGCAACCAAAGACUGGUUCCCCAUAACAACGAGGGAAUGGCAGUUUGCGGCAGAGAAGGGCGACUCCUACAGCAUAGCUCACAUUAGCUUUGUGGGGCCGAAGAAUGUGAGGGUCACUGUUUUGAAGAAUCCCUUGCGGCUGUGCCAGCAAAAUGUGUUGUGUCUUGCUCUUUUGAUGCGAAAACAGUGA